UAUAAUUUUUACUCUUAUCCCAAGUAUAAGAUAAGAGUUAAGUCCAGUAUUUUAGCGAAGGAAAAACAAAAAUCUCAUCAUUUCGUAGUGAUAAUUUGUUGAAACAACGAAGAAAAGAAUACUAAACUGUGCUGAGAAAAAUCAAAGGAUUACACAAUGUUGAAGCAAGUUCUACUUGUGCUAUCUUGCUGUGCACUAGCCACAGUACGCAGUCAGCAACCAUGUCUGGGCGCACCAGCACAUCUUCCUCAUAGCUUUGCUGCCGCACCGGAAAGCUGCAACGCAUAUAUACUUUGCAUGGGUGCUCAAACCAUUCGCGGACAAACCUGUCCGGUAGGCAUGCUCUUUGAUCCACUGACCCAAACCUGUGGCCAAUCAUCUUGUGAUCAAUGUUCACCAUUCGGAAUACAAAAUUUGCCGCAUCUAACCGACUGCGCUCAAUUCAUCCGCUGUACCAUGGGACAAAGAGAAUAUGCCACUUGCCCGAACGGUCUAUGGUUCGAUCGCUCAAUUUCCAAUUGUAACUAUCCACAUUUGGUUGACUGUCCCGGACAACCGACAGAUCCAACAGAGUGGCCCACCGAUCCCACCGAAUGGCCAACAGAUCCAACUGAUUGGCCAACCGAUGAUCCAUGGCCAACCGAGCCAUGGCCACCAAUACCAACCGAUCCGCCAGGUGAUAGACCUGUAUGCAGAGGACAAGUAUUCCAUGCCCAUCCAACCGAUUGCAAUCGAUAUUUCAUUUGCAUAAACGAAGUCUUAUGGGAACAUAGUUGUCCGGGUACUUUGCACUGGAAUCAGCUUAGAAAUGCGUGCGAUUUGCCAGAGUCGGCUGGAUGUCUUUGGCGUCCAACUGGACAGCCAACAGAUCCCCCACUACCAACAACCGAACCACCACUAUUGCCACCGUCUACUAAUCCACCGUGGGCAGAAAAUUUGGAAGAUUAACAACUGAAUCAACGUGAACGAUAAGAUGGGUGCAAUUUAUUUUGUUUCUGUUCUACUCAGUCCUUGCGUGAUCCGAUAGCUCAUUUUAAUUUUACUUCAAAUAAUAAUAGACUUGUUGGACCACAGUUGUUCGAACCUCAAAAGCCAGUGUUGUUACCAUCAACAAAAUUGUAGAUAAUAAGAUCAAAAAUUGUGUAUUUUAAUAAAUUCUUUUAUAUAUAUUUACAUUUACGAAGACAAUUUGAUUUUUGUUUUUCUUACUUUUUUUUCUCGCGCCCAUCUUAUUGUAGUGAAAAUUCAUCGGUUUGGUUAUUAAAGAUUUUAUUCUGCUAA